AUGCUCUCAGUGCCUGCCAUGAAGUGUAUAGCAUCCUCUCAGGCCAGAGUUUUUUCUUAUUUGCGAGUACGGCCUUGCCAAGAUGGCAUUUUGCCAUCUCAACAGCGAUCAUUUGAUCCUUAUGUAGCCAUGCGAAUUGGUGAAGCAUUGCACCCUGGUCCUGACCAGCUUUGCCUAAACUUUGCCAUAACCAAUCCCACCAGCAUUGUUUCCAAACCAACACAGUAUGCUGAGCUCAUUCGAGAGCACGCCUUAGAUGUUGUCAGUGCGUCUGAAACAGCGGCCACCCUUGCGGUGCAACGGCAAUUUGCCAAUGCCAUGCGCCACAUUGGUUUUCGUUCUAAAUGGUCAGUUCCUGCUCCGGACAGAGUCCAGAGGUCUGAUGGACUUCCUUCCUUGCGGGGUAAGGCAACUGGUGUUGGUUUAUUCUCAUCUUGGCCCAUCAGAAAAAUUGGUGAUACCAUUGAUGAUUUCCAUGCCUCUUCAUCAAGAAUUGGUCAUUUUCUCUUUGAAACUGGCAGAUUUCAAUUGCAGAUUGUUGUCAUUUAUGGGCAUGCCACCUCCGGAUCGGGCCGAGCCAACACUCUUUUGCUCCAAGCUGCCUUACAGGCAGUCUCCCAUUUCGACCUGCCUUAUGUAAUUCUGGGAGACUUUAAUUCUGACCCCCUUGCGCUGAUAGCAGAAGAAGCACAAGAUAGACAUCUGGUUGACCUUCGACAGUUGCAUCGUCAAAUCCAUGGGAGUGAUAUGCCCCCUACAUGCAAAGGAGCUACACAGCCGGAUACUGCGGUGUUCUCCCCUUCUGCGGCCUGUUGGGUCUCACAAGUCACUGUUCUUCCAGCUGGCCAUUUUGAUGCACACAAUGUUGUUCUGUUUCAAAUGACCAUCCCUGCUGUAGCGAGAGAGACCCUGCGAAUACCUCUGCCAAGACCAUGGACUGACCUGCCAAUUGAUCCGAAGUUCUUGCCUGAAUCCUAUGACCUGGCCGUGGAUCAGCUUGGAGAACCACAAGAUUUAACAGCUUGGGGUCGAACCAUUGAAGAUGCAGUUGACAGGGCAUAUCGCUGUACCCAGCAGGAAAAUGAAGAUAUUGCUUGGCACCAAACCAAGCCUCUUCCCAAGCAAUUUCGAGGACGUUGCCAACCUCGAAAGCCCCAGCUGGCUCAGAAAAAGCUCCUCACCAAACCUCCUAGACCGGGGGAUUAUUCGCCACCAGGGGAGGUCAUCAGACGUACCACCCAAUGCCGAAUCAAGCAGGUUCGAAGAGUCCAAGCGCUCUAUCGCAGGGUUGUUAAGGCACACCAAUGCCAGCCCACUCCCCAGGCAAUGAUUGAAAUGACUCAGGAAUGGCAUGCCAUUUUAAGAUGUCGUGCCUUUGGAGGUUGUCAGAUUAGGUGGUGCCAACAAACCCCAGAGCUGGGUCCUCCACCCUUUGAGGUCCCCCAGGUUGGCUAUAUUGGCACCAUGCUGCAACUGCUGCGGUUUCAGACUGAUGCAGAUGUUGCCUUUGACAGGAAACUUCACAAGGAUCGAGCUCUCCUCGCUCAAGACUUGGAUGCCAGGUAUGCGGGUAAUAGGGCUGCCUUUGCCUCGGUUCGUGAAUUUACUGCCCCUCCUUUAGUUGAGAUGGUUCGUAACCUUUCGGAAGAUGCCAUUCUGGUCCAAGAUGAGCCUAAUACCUUGGUUGCCUAUUGUGACAAUGCAGAACAGUUUGACUUUGCUGCUCCAGUCCAUGUUGGAGACAUUCCUUGCACUUUGGUCCACAGGGAUAUGUAUUCCUUGCAGCUUCGCAUGGCUGACCAGCAUGUGCUGCCUGAACAUGACAUUGUUACACAGCGACAGAUUACAGCUGAUCCAUGCUCCAUACUGUCCUUGCUGAAAGACUUUUGGAUGCCACUUUGGAACCAACCCAACCCUGAAACACAGGCAGCUCCACAGUUUCAGGCGUUUGUUGACAGUCUGCCAAUUCAUUUGCCGGCACCAGCAAUUGAUAUGGACGACACUAAUGAAUGGAUUGCUGCGGUAAAGCGGUUAAAGAUCCCCUCAUCUCGAGGGAUCGACGGCAUCUCCUCCCAGGAGUUGCAACAUUUGCCAGGCCGUGCCAUUUCCCAUGUUCAGCGUAUCAUUAAUGGCUUUGAAAGUGGAUUUCCAGCAUGGCUUAUGACAGCAUUCACAAUAGCCGUCCCGAAGACCUGUGAGAUUCCAGAGCCUUCUCAGGUGAGACCGAUAACUGUCCUGGCUCAGCUCUAUCGAUUAUGGUCUCGGGUCAUUUGUAAGCAGCUGUUGGCAUUUAUGUCCUUGCAGUUCCCUGAUGAAAUCACAGGCUUCUUGGCUCAUCGUGGGCCUUCUGAUGCCUAUCUCCGACAACAAUGGCUCAUAGAAUUGUCGUACCACAAUGCUCAACCCAGAUCAGGGGUCACAGCCGAUCUGCUCAAGUGCUUUAACACCAUUAGCCAGGCUGCGGUGUUGCAUGCAUUCGACUGGCUGGGUUUUCCACCUUUGAUCACUCGACAGUGGUACGCUUCCCUUCAAAAACUGUGCCGUGUCUGGAAGCUCGGAGAGGUUUGCUCUGAUAGGCUUUUUGUUAACCAUGGUUGCCCGGAAGGUGACAGUUGGUCUGUAGUUAGCAUACUUGCCUUGGCAUAUAUUUGGGUACGCCUGAUUCAUGACCGGGUGGCUUCGUGCCAGAUUGCGGCUUAUGCAGACAACUGGACUUGGAGUGCUACCAAUGCAGCUGCGCACCGGAGCAUUUUGGCACUCACGACAAGCUUUGUGCAGUCCACGCAAAUGCAGAUUGAUUGGCGGAAGACAUGGGCUUGGGCCACAAGCUCCGAGCAGUUUGCAUUGUUGUCCAAUGUUUUGCAAUCCACACCUGCCACUUCAGAUGUCCCCCGAUGCCAAAAUGCAAUGGAUUUAGGUGCACAAGUAACCUAUCAGGGUGUCCCCAACUUAGGUAAGUUUAGGAACCGACUUGAGAAAGUUCAUGCUCGUCUCCUUAAGCUUCAGAGAAUCCCCCAUUCUCUCCAUACCAAGAUCCAAGUGGUGAAGGGUGCGAUCUUCCCUGCGGUGUUUUAUGGUGCUGAGAUCCUGCCUCUAGGUGAUAGUCACACUCGGAAACUUAGGACCUCUAUCAGCAAUGCCUUAUUGGGUCACUCACACUCCAGGAAUGCUGCAUUGGCUUUGGCUGCCACCCCACAACUGCUUGAUCCUUUUCUUGAGCUUGUGCUGCGAGUUUUGAUGGCUAUCAAACGGAUGAUGAUUCGAGCCACAGAUACAGAACGCAAGACCUUUUUCCGAAUGGCAGCCACCCAUUCUGGGCUGUCAUACCAAUGUCGUGGUCCUGCUGGUGUCCUAUCCUUUUAUUUGUCCAAGCUGGGUUGGAAGAUAGAUGCCAAUGGAUGCCUUCAUGUCCAUGCGUUUGGCUGGCUGCCUCUUCUCCAAACUGGCCGUAAACUGCUCAUCCGGUGGUUGAGAUAUGCAUGGGAUACAGACCUCUUAAUGCAUGCCUGUGAUCGUAAAGGGGUCCCGCGUUUCUUGCAGCUCAAUAGUGAAGACACUGGUGCUUUGGUUGAUACUUUUAAUCAGGUGGAGCAACACCACAUUCUUCAAGAGUUGUCGGGCUCAUUUCAGACUGAGAUGCAAAAGUCCAAAUGGGCGAGUGAUGCCACUGGCCAGUGCCGCCAUUGCCAGGAUUUUGAUGAUCGGUUCCAUCGAAUUUUUAGCUGUCCUGCCUCUGCUCACAUUCGAGAACCGUAUACUGACACCUUGCAGUUUUUCUUGGACAAUGGGGCUGAUGUUCAUGAAUUACCUUUCUUGCUGAGACACCCAAGCCAGGAUGCACUCCUGGCUUUGCACAUGUGCUGUCCGGAGGCGCAGCUGGACCCUAGCUUGUAUCAGAGAAUCAUUGAUCUCAUGGCUUUGGGCUUUGAUAUACAUGUGUACACGGAUGGAUCUCUCAUGCAUCCUGCUCAUCCUAGCUGCCGCUAUGGCGCUUAUGCCAUAGUUUUGGACACGUGUCUGACAGAUGACCAACGAAAGUUGGAAGCUCAAAAGUGGCUCACACAUGGUAUCUUUCCACCUUCUCUCAUGAAGCUUGCCAUGGCUCGAACGACGGGCAAUCAGACCAUUUAUCGUUCUGAGUUCUUUGCAGUGCUGCUUGCGGCAGAGUGGUUUCCGAAUGUAGUCAUUCAUACGGAUUGUCAGAGCGUUAUUUUGGCUUGGAAUCAGUGUCUUUCUGCCAAUGAUGUCAAAGCAUUGGUGAGCUUAGAGAAUUUUGACUUGGUUGAACGUUUGUGGACAGCGUUGCAGACAGGUCAACGGAAGGUGUGUAAGGUUAAGGCACAUGUAAGUGACUUUUCUGGUAUGGACCUGCUCAUGGUAUACAAAUGUCUAGGGAAUAAACUUGCGAAUGAAGCUGCUAUCUCUGCCUGUCGGUAUUUUCAGCCAGAAACCUCCAGUCUUGCCGAAGAAAUCUUUUUGGACCAGGAUGUCACAAGGAAACACCUUCGCAGACUGUUCCAGUUGUUUUUGGAUUUGCGUGCCCAUUAUGCCAGGUUGGAAGCGUUGCAACAGGAGACAGCUGUUCAUGCGGAGCUUCGUCCAGCAGCAGCUCCGAAUCCAGUGGACAUUCUUGGUGCAUGGAAUGUGGAACAUGUAUGGUCACCGCCGCCGCCUGGCCUCUGUCUACUCCAGCAUUCUGCUUGGGGGCGUCCGUUGGCCGAAAAGGUACUGGCAUGGAUGCAUGAAGUGAAAUGGCCUGAUGAGAGUAUUCCUCACCCUGAUGUGGUCUUCUCUACCGUGCAUGGCCUCUACCAGGACCGCUAUGCCUAUCGAGACGUCAUGACAGAUGUCACGUGA